GGCCUUUUCUUCUCCCCCCCCCCCCCCUCUUACCACCAUCCCGCGUCGUUACAUGUGCUCGUUGCUACACGCGACUGUGUCUCCCGCCCCGUGCGAGAGGCUCAUUGUGUUGGAGGGCUUGUGAGCGGGAGGAUUUGAAAGAAGCAGGGGUUUCGGUUUAGAUUUCAGAAUGGUGAUUUCAUUACGGCGGUGGCAUUUCUGAAAGCCAUGCCAGUGGAGGAUGAUGCGUUGUUUUUGGUGUCGGUGUCGCCAGGCCGAGAGUGUUUCUGGCUAGUGCGUGGUGCAGUGGAUUUGACGCCUACCUUUUUUUUUUUUUUUUUUUUUUUUUUAUAUAUAUAUCUUCUCUCAAGCACGCUUGUUGCAUUUUCUCUAGGGUGCAAGAUGAGAGUUGGAGAAUGUCGCGUCUGAGUGCGGUAAUUGAGAGCUGCGCGCCUAUUUCUGGCACCAUCAAUGAUCGCACCCUCGUAAUGUGUGUGGGCUAGCACUGAGGGUAGUGUUGAACUUGUUUUGCUGCUUGCGAAGGUGUCAAAUCGGAGGACCUUUUCGUGUUGGAUUUCCUCUGCUAUUGCUACUGGGCGACAGGGAACAUACUGGUGUUAGGUUGCGUCCUUUUUCCUGAUCCCUACCCAGCACUGUUUGUCGAUUAUGUACUACUACAUGCAAUGCUCGUUGGGGGCUAGAAGAUCCCCUUUUGCAUCACGCUCAACGAAGGUCGGGUGUGCGACCCCCAUCUUUUCGUAGGCGGGUCUAUGAUCGCUGGCUCUUACCUCCCAACCCCCUACAUUUGGUCACUUGGAGACAGGUACAGCAGCAGCGGGCAUUUUCCGCGUGUUCUUUGGAUUGCGCGGAGGCGAAGUUAUGAUUAAGUGGUCGUAGUGGCGGCAUUAAAGUAAUGCUACGCACCUCGAAUAUGUUCAAGUUUGAAGGGGAUCAGUGCACUGUAACUCUAGUUACUCUCACAGCAAGAUCAAGGUCAAGGAGGUCGCAUGAGGCUUGCGGCACCUUGAGAUAACUAUCGUUGGAUUUCGUCCGCUUUCUAUUCUUGACUUGGAUGCUCUUCACCAGAUGUCACAAAACGAGGAAAUUCCUCAUACAAGUCAGUUUAUUCAGCACUUAAAAGGUCCGAACAAUGGGAGUCUCCCAAUACCAGUUUCUCAUGCGGCAACGUGGACCUCUAGCUAAUCGGAGUUGUGGGGCUUGGACUUGGCACCGCGAUCAACUGUCCCAUUUUACUGGACUUCAACGCCGAAGCAAAAAAACUGUAGGAUUGUGGGGGAUGCAUUUCAGGACGCAUGAACACAGGAGAUAGUGGAAUGGCAUGCCCACACGCUAGAAUUGUGAAUGAUGGAGGGAAGGUCAUGGAUGCAUUGGAUAUGAACAUUUGGAGGUCUGAUUUUGACUGCACGCAGUGAUUCCAAAAGCUUAUCAAGCAUUUUUUCUGCAAUCGUGGUACUUAUUAUGGUUUUUUAUUUCGAGGGUGGUUGGAGGACCUCGACAAUCUUUCACAGUUCGUCUAGGUGGGGUUGUAACUUCGACCUCAUUAUACUUAUUCAAACAAUUCGAAGCUUCAGCUGAGACAAGCAGAGCGAUUGUAGUAGCCUCUAGUGGGCUACAUUCAACGGUAUUCAUGUGUUUAAGCGUUUGUCACAAUGCGUGGCAAUCACUGGUGGAUUGCAGAGUUGCUGAUCGUGUUACUACUGACGGCAACAACUGGGGGCUUCACUUACGAUAAGCCUGAGGACACUACAGCAUGCCGCAUUAAUAAGAACCGAGACAGAAUUGCAGUAGAAGUACCUUCUGGCAGAGGAUCAUUGUUCCCUGGAGACUCCUCUUUGUUUCAUUUUGCAAAAAGACGACCAUCUCUGUCUUCCCGUGAAGAAAUGUAUGGGAGAAAUUCUACUGAUGAAUCCAUAUCUUUAACAGAUUUACCUGGUCCAUCUGCACCUCAGGCUGUGUCUGCAACAUCUGUUCCACCUGAAGGAGACACCCCUUCAAGCACACCUUCAGAAGUCCCUGCAGCAGCUGAGUCUGCAGCGCCGUCUCCACUUGAACCUAUUAGUCCUCCAUCCUUUAAUUUCACCUAUCCAGAAGAUUGCCACCAAGCUUGUCCAGAUGGCUACACCUACACGCCGCCAGGCGCUCCAUCAUGUAGCUGUGUCAUCCCCAUGCGCGCUCAAUUUCGGCUUGAAAUCAAGCUGGAAAAGUUUUUUCCUCUAGUGGCUGAGCUGGCCAAGGAACUGGCCAUUGGACUCUUCUUACAAACUAGUCAAGUCCGUAUUGUAGGAGCCAAUGCUGUUGAACCCAACCAGGACAAGACAAACGUGAGUGCAGAUUUUGUGCCGCUAGAUACCAAAUUUGAUCACACCACUGCCCAUCUUCUUGCUACACGCUUGUGGAGUGGUGAAGUUCCAUUGAACAAGACACUAUUUGGAACCUACUAUGUUAUUUAUAUAAUUUACCCAGGUCUUCCUCCCUCUCCACCUCCCCAGUUCCCUGGGAAUAUUUCACCUUCAGGUCCUGUCAACCAGCUUCCAUCUGGGGUGGAUCCAAAUAAAACAAAUCAUAAACUCAGUUCGGGAAUGAUUACCGUGAUUGCUUUGGCUUCGGUUAUGGGUGUAUUGUUAUUUAUUGGGAUUGUAUGGCUCAUUCUCCUACGCCGCAGCCUGGAUGAGAAAACUUCGCCUUCGGUUGUCGGUCCUCUACAUGCUUAUUUCAACCCUAAACCUGAAGGUGUGCAACUGAUCCAACUGAGAAUGAAUGCUUAUUUCAACUCUAAACCUGAAGGGUCAUUAUUAUCAGGAAGUAUGGCAAGCUCUACAACGAUUUCUUAUGGAUCUAGCAUGGCCAACUACACAUGCACUGCUAAGACGUUCACUUUAGCAGAAUUAGAAAGAGCAACAGAUAAUUUUAGACCUGAUAAUGUAGUCGGCGAAGGGGGCUUUGGUCGAGUUUACCAAGGGGUACUUGAUAGUGGUAUUGAAGUGGCUGUAAAGGUGCUGACAAGGGAUGAUCAUGAGGGUGGUCGUGAGUUUGUUGCGGAGGUAGAAAUGUUAAGCAGAUUGCACCAUCGCAACCUUGUGAAGCUAAUUGGCAUCUGUACUGAGGAAAUACGAUGUUUGGUUUAUGAGCUCAUCACGAACGGGAGCGUGGAAUCUCACUUGCAUGGUCUAGAUAAAUACACUGCUCCUCUCAACUGGGAUGCACGUGUUAAAAUUGCAUUAGGAGCUGCUCGUGGGCUGGCAUACCUGCACGAAGAUUCUCAGCCUAGGGUUAUUCAUAGAGAUUUUAAAGGAAGCAACAUUCUACUUGAGGACGAUUACACUCCAAAAGUAUCUGAUUUUGGUCUAGCUAAAUCGGCAACUGAGGGAGGCAAGGAGCAUAUUUCCACUCGAGUAAUGGGCACGUUUGGAUAUGUGGCUCCUGAAUACGCAAUGACAGGACAUUUGCUUGUGAAGAGUGACGUUUAUAGUUAUGGAGUGGUACUGCUCGAGCUCCUCUCGGGGCGUAAACCCGUGGAUAUGUCUCAACCACCUGGACAAGAGAAUCUAGUUACUUGGGCACGCCCACUCCUUACAAGCAAGGAUGGACUAGAGCAGCUUGUGGAUCCUUACCUCAAAGACAACUUUCCAUUUGACCACUUUGCGAAGGUAGCUGCAAUAGCGUCCAUGUGUGUACAACCUGAAGUCUCUCAUCGACCAUUCAUGGGCGAGGUGGUGCAGGCCUUGAAACUUGUGUGCAAUGAAACAGAAGCCAAAGACGUCGGACAGGCUAAAGGAACAGUUUCUCCCACUUCUGACUUGGCCGAAACACAGAACACAGGAUUUCUGCGGGACGCCACCUUUAUUAGUGUUGAUUACGACUCGGGGCCCUUCGAAACCUUGGAUCUUGAACAGCGAAAGCGGAAACCUCUUUCUGCUUCGGCUACUAUGAGUGGCUCUGGAGGGUUCUUACGACAACUUUCGGAUUCAUUCAGACGCUACAGUGUUUCUGCCCCUCCAAAGGCUGCUUCACUGCCAAGAACUUCAUGGUAUGCACUGGGUAGUUCAAAACCUGUAGGAAGCAUGAGUGAGGCUAGAGCAGCUAGAUUCUUAGAUCCUCAACGCAGGAGAUUUUACGGGUUUUGGCCCUAAUUCUUCCACGCCUGUUUUGACCUUUGCGGGCUUAGCUUGUAUAUUGAAGUUUCAUUGUCCCAUAUAUGAGAUUUGACAUGACUAGCGUUAUUGUGUACCGUU